CGGGUCGAGCUGCUGGAGCCGGGCCUCCGCCGGGAGAGUCCGGCUAGAGCUGUCUUCUUCCUGCACCGGCAACCGGGCGAGGGGCGGUGGGAAGGGCAGGUGUCCCGCGCUGUGGCUAUGUCUGCGUCCGCAGGGGGCCGUGGCCCCACCAACCUGCGCCCUCAGACCUGGCCUGGCCCGACACCCGUCCCCUCCUGGGGGUCCGACAGAGGGCAGUGACCGGCAAUCUCUGUGCGUCCUGGGUCCCCCAAAGAAAUAGGAGAGCCUAAGAGAUGGCUACUGACACAAAGAGAAAGAGCAGCAGCGAAGGCCCUGAUGGCACAUUGGCGCCUACUGAUGGGCAGAAUGUGGAAAGAGCUGAGAGCCCCACACCAGGACUGACCCAGGGAAAGGAGCCAGGUGCUGGGCAGGAGGGUGCCAUGUUUGUCCAUGCCCGUUCCUAUGAGGACCUGACUGAAUCGGAGGAUGGGGCAGCUGCUGGGGACAGCCCCAAGGAGGGUGCCGGGGUUCCCUCACCGCUGCCUGCAGACAUGCGUCAGAUCAGCCAGGACUUCAGCGAGCUGAGCACCCAGCUGACAGGUGUGGCUCGAGACCUGCAGGAGGAGAUGCUUCCAGGAAGCUCUGAGGACUGGCCAGAGCCCCCAGGGGCAGCCGGGCGACCAGUCACAGAGCCCCCCAGGGAGGGGUCAGGCGAGGGAGAUGAGGAGGAGGCUGCUGAGGCAUGGCGACUGCACCAGAAGCAUGUCUUCGUGCUGAGCGAGGCGGGGAAGCCUGUGUACUCCCGUUAUGGGUCGGAGGAGGCACUUUCCAGCACCAUGGGUGUCAUGGUGGCCCUGGUGUCCUUCCUAGAAGCAGACAAGAACGCCAUUCGCUCCAUCCACGCAGAUGGUUAUAAGGUAGUCUUCGUGCGCCGGAGCCCCCUGGUGCUGGUGGCAGUGGCCCGGACGCGGCAGUCAGCGCAGGAACUGGCACAGGAGCUGCUUUAUAUCUACUACCAAAUCUUGAGCCUUCUCACUGGCGCGCAGCUGAGCCACAUUUUCCAGCAGAAGCAAAACUAUGAUCUGCGGCGCCUGCUCUCGGGCUCGGAGCGCAUCACAGACAACCUGCUGCAGCUCAUGGCGCGAGAUCCCAGCUUCUUGAUGGGGGCCGCACGCUGCCUGCCUCUCGCGGCUGCAGUGCGCGACGCAGUGAGUACCUGCCUACAGCAGGCGAGAGCGCGCAGCCUGGUCUUCUCCAUCCUGCUGGCGCGCAACCAGCUCGUGGCGCUCGUGCGCCGCAAGGACCAAUUUCUGCACCCCAUUGAUCUGCACCUGCUCUUCAACCUCAUAAGUUCCUCCUCAUCCUUCCGCGAGGGCGAGGCCUGGACGCCCGUGUGCCUGCCCAAAUUCAACGCAGCCGGCUUCUUCCACGCACACAUUUCUUACCUGGAGCCCGACACCGAUCUCUGCCUGCUGCUUGUCUCCACGGACCGCGAGGACUUCUUUGCAGUCUCUGACUGCCGCCGCCGCUUUCAGGAGCGCCUGCGGAAGCGCGGGGCUCACCUGGCCCUGCGGGAGGCACUGCGCACGCCCUACUACAGUGUUUCCCAAGUGGGCAUCCCCGACCUGCGCCACUUCCUCUAUAAGUCGAAGAGCUCAGGACUCUUCACCAGCCCUGAGAUUGAGGCCCCCUACACCAGUGAAGAGGAACAGGAGCGGUUGCUGGGUCUCUACCAGUACCUGCACAGUCGUGCCCACAACGCCUCCCGCCCUCUCAAGACCAUCUACUACACGGGCCCCAACGAAAACCUCCUAGCCUGGGUGACAGGUGCUUUUGAACUCUACAUGUGCUACAGCCCCCUGGGGACCAAGGUAUCAGCCGUCAGUGCCAUCCAUAAGUUGAUGCGUUGGAUCCGCAAAGAAGAAGACCGCCUCUUCAUCCUUACACCCCUCACAUACUGAUGAGAUUCUAUGGGUUCAGUCCUCCUAGGCCCACGGGGCCAUCGGAGCCUCCAGGUGGGGCAGGCCUCUCUUGCCCAGGCAGCAGGCAGGGACUGUGGGUUGGUGCAUACAUUAAAGUACUUUGGAUAGACA